GGCGACCAAAUUCAUUCAUUCAAGUGCGGCGUACUCGGGCGGUUUUCCGUGCGUAAAGUUGACCUUGAGAAAGCCGCCCCAUAGUUAGUAGGCGUUUUAAGCCUUUUUUAUCUUGCGUUGGAGGUUGAUUUUGGUACCAUAUGCAGUCCUGUGAAUUUCCUUUCAUUUUAUGUGCUUGUUAUGCCUGUAUUCAGUGAAACAGCAGUACUUUCCUUUGUUCUUGGUCCAUGCCCCAUAAUUAAUUGCCUCCCUGACCUGAGGCAGUAGUGCUGGCAUGCUGUAUUUAUAAAGGUAUUUUGUCUGCUUUUCAAUGUUGAACCAUCCAAUGGCCUAAAAUUUACUUUUUAUCACUGAAAAAUCCAUAUAAUAUGUUAAAUGCUGGCCAUUUGCUUUGUUUUAUGACAUACAGGUAACUUUCCAUGUGCCAGCUCCAACAUUCAGCUCCAACUUUUCCCAGGCGCGGUCAGCGGGGGAGGAUGGAGAGUGAGGAGGCGUUGUGUGCCGGCGGCGCCGCCGGGGGCGCGCUGCCGCCGGCCUCCAGCGGGCCCGGCCGGCCCUCACCGGCCCUCAGCUCGGACACAGAGCUGGAGACAGAGGCGCACCACAGCUCCGAGGAGGAGCUCGAGGGCUUCAACUGCCGCGAGCGAGAGAAACGCAAAUGGUGCCAGGUGAAGCGCACGUCUCGCGACUCGAGCUGCAGCUCGGACGAGGAGAUGGCCCCGCCCGCCGAGCCCACCUCGCCGGCGCCCGUCCAGUUCCGCUCGUCGCCGCCGGCGGGCGCGCACCGGCCGGGACGCACCAGCCCGCCGCCGCGCCGGGCGGCCGCCGCGCCGCCCCCGCCCCCGCCACCGCCGCCCACCACGCCGUCCACCCGCGGCAGGAAGCGGCGACGCGGUCUGGGCCCGCUGGGGGCGCAGCGGCCCUGUCUCGACUUUGAGAAGAUGCAACAGGAGGGCAUGCGAUCGGUCACCACCUGGCGGCCAUCGGCCGAACUAUCGCUGUUCUGCUGGUGAGCCAGCGGCCAGUGCACCUGACGGCGCCCCGCCAGCCCUGACAUCUGGCGGGGACGAACAAAACCACUACUGUACCUAACUCCCGCUGCGCGGCGCGCGCGGCGGGACAGCGAGCGACGAACGGACGGUCUAAACGGCGCAGCAUGGACGCUGGAAUCAGGGAUGUGUGGUCUUAGCGCGGAGCAGUGACGAUGCGAGUGCGUCCCGGCGCGCCGGGACGGUUCCAGCACCACUCCGUGCUCGCUUUUGCCAAGUAUAUAGACGCCUGACGGUGGCGACCGGCGCUAGUUUUGUACCUCACUGAGCCGCACGAGAAGUGUCAGAGACUGAGUGAGAGCGAGUGAGAGUGGGUGAGCGUGUACCGCACCGGCGGCGCGCGCGAGCGUCGUGACUUCUGACUGUCUGCGGGCGCGCCGGUGCCGCGCGCCGUUCAUUCUUGUGUUUGUGAUGUGUUGUAGUGGAGUGUGUGGUGGCGUUUUGGCGUCGCAAAGCUCGGCGAGCCGGUCGCAGCGCACUCUUAGCUGUGCUUACGAGCCGCAGGGAGAAUAGCCCGGGCCACAUGCCACGAGGACCUACGCUUUUCGACGGCGGAUCGUUUUUUGGAUGCUGAAAUACACGUUAGCAAUGUCAAGUCUCGCAUUGUGCGGUC